AAAAGUCGAGAAAUUUUUAUGUACGUCGUGUUUUACUUCAAAAUUAUUCCGAAAUAAGUCGGAGAAAUCGAUGACCAAAUGUAAAAUUUUAAUUAAUUAAAAAGAUUUUUGAAAAAUAGGAAAUAAAGUUUAUGAAAAAAGUACAUUUAAAAGGUUUAGAUACAUUGAAUUCAAAAGAACAUUUUUGAAUUCAGAACCAUGUCUAAAAAUGAUGUCGCAAAUGGAAAUGUGAAUGCCAGUGAUUUUAGUAAUGUGAAUUGUGAUACCAAAGAAAGUAAAGUAAACUUCCAGGACGGGCAACCGGAGAAAGAAAAUGUGCAAGAACAGAAAUCACGACCUCAACAAAAUGUGAGACAAAUUCCGAUUUAUGUUGAAGGUCGUGAUGAACCAUUAAUGAAUAAUGUUGAUUUAGGUGCGUCUUUUGGUGGAGCACCAAAACCAACUGGCUCCACUCCUGAAAUACCACGACCGUCAUCUUCUAUUUUUAGUCGAGUUAAAGACAUUCCUGUUAAAGUUAUUCCGAAUUUCGAUGCAGGGAGACGCUCAGCAUCUCCAGCUACUGCAAGGAACAUUCCUAUACAUGUACAACAUUCAGCUUCAAAACAAAGCCAACACAAACAUACCCAGCAGCAGCGACAUAAUAUUUCUCAAGACGAAGAGAUACGCAAGAGUCCAUCGCCAUGUCCACAGGAUCCAAUAACCAAAAUUCAACUGAUUCAAAAAGAGAUAAUACAUCUUAUGGAAAAAGUUGAAGCUUUUGAGGGAACAAAAGAAAGUAAGGAAUAUGUUUACUUGGAUGAGAUGUUAACUCAAAAUCUUCUAAAAUUGGAUACGAUCGACACAGAUGGAAAAGAUAACAUUAAAGCAGCUAGAAAAGAGGUAAUAAAUUGUAUUAAUAAAUGUAUUACCGCAUUGGAAACUAAAGCAGGUGCUAGUGCUACUGAACCUAAAACAGCGGAAACGUAAUUUCAUCAAUAAAAUAUACACAAAACAGGUAUAUUUUAUUGAUGAAAUUACCUCAUAAAUUAAGAAAAAUGGAUAAUAGUCAAAGUUUUUAAAUUAAAAUAAAUUAGCUGCUUAUCAUGGUAAAUAAUGAAAUUAUUAUUUUUAUAUCUAAACAACUAAGAGAGGCUUAGU